ACACCUGCCACUAAUCACUAAUCAGGUGGGGUUACCUGCUAGUGUAUUCUGCCUUUUUGUGUUUUUGCCUUGCCUUGCCUUGCCCUUUCUUGCCCAGCCUGUCGGAAUUUUGCUUGCCAGUGGUCUACUGCUCAUAUUUGAUAAAGGGACCUUUUACUUGCACGUCACCUGCCUUCUCUGCAUCACGAGAUCAUGCCAGCCGCAACCAUGGACGGAAGUGAGCUACGGAAGAGAGGCGCUGUCCUUGGUGCUGAAGUAUCCUCAGGGACGAGACGCUCCUAAUUUACUGUGGGACUGCAACUAGGACAAUCCCAUUUUAUUCAGCUCCAGAGUCUCCAGGAAAGAGCUGAACAUGCCUAGAUAUCUGGACGGAAUCCAGCCCACAACUUUGCUGCUUCUGGUUUGUGUGGUGAACCUGAGCCGGCCCGUAUGCGUGGACAUCCCGUCGGAGACAAAAGCAGUUCUGGGAAUGAUGAUGAAGUUGACGUGCAUUUCCUGCAUGAGGCGCGAGGAGGUGAAAGCAAAGACCCAUGUCGACUGGUACUACAAGCACCUGGGCGAAAACAAUUCCAAAACUCUUAUAUAUAAGUAUAAGGUCAAUGCCACGGAAGAGGUGGACGGACCGUUUAAAGGCCGCCUGACGUGGAACGGGAGCCAGGACUUGCAAGACAUCUCCAUCAGCAUCCGUAACGUCACCAUGAACGACAGCGGCGUCUACGAGUGCCACGUGCUGCGCAAGUUCGAGUUCGACUCCUACAGUCCGUCCGCUUUCGUCAUGAAGAACAUCACGCUGCAGGUGAUCGAGAAAGCCAAUAGGGACACCGCAGCGCUCUACUCGGAGGUCAUGAUGUAUUUGCUGCUGGUCUUCUUGACCGUCUGGCUGCUGGUAGAAAUGGUCUACUGCUACCGCAAGAUCUCCAUGGCUGACGAGCUGGUGCAGGACACAGCGACCAACUACCUCGCCGUUCCCUCCGAGCAGAAAGACAACCCUGUUUCUGAGUAACUGGCGAUACUGAAGCGUCCUGGUGGGACUUCUGCACCACAAUAAAGAUGUCGGCGCUGCCAGAGUCUAGCCAACAGGACCGCCCCCUUGUGUAUUCUCCCAUGAAGAGCCAAAAAUGUCAGUUUAUUACCUUGUUAUUGUUUUUUUGUGUGUGUGCGUGUGUGUGCUAAGCUAAAGUGCCCUCUACAGUAAUACAUCAACUGUCAGAUAAACAACCUGGCAGCACUUUUUAAAGUCUAUUUGUACCAUGUAGUGCCUAUGUGAUAAAUAGAAUCCGUUACUGCUGUCAAAGAUAUCCAGCUUUUAUUGGCUGUGGUUUUUUCUACAAUAAUAUUUCAUAUAAAAACUACAGAGGUUUUAUUAUUAUUGGCAAAUAGCUUUGUAAGAAAUAUUUUUGUUUUGAAUAUGGUUAUGCAUUGCUCGUACAAAUGGCAAUAUAUAGUUUAUAUAGUAUAUGUAUAUCAUUGUGCCUCCCUACUGUAUUUCUGAUAUUUUUUAACUCCAUUCUCUGUGUAUAAAUCUUUAAUCCAUAUUUUGCUGUGAGGUCAAAGUUCCCAAAGCUUAGCCAGUUGUUGCUGGUGCUUUACAGUACAGUACAUGCGGCAACAUCAUUAUCAUCAUGCAGCCUAAGCGUAUGCAUAUUUUUAUCACUAUUUUGCAAAUGUACACACUAAUGUGAUUCAGUUAUGUGACACUGCUCCUACUGUGAUAAUUCACCACUUAGUUGAAUGCAUUCCACUCAUGUUGCCCCUCUAAAAUUGCACAUUAAAACAUGAAAUUCGUCAGACAUUGUGUGUGGAUGUUG